AUGGAACCUAUCAAGAGAAGUGCACAAAAAAGAAGCAAAAUACUAACCCAGGAGUUAAAUAAAAAGAUAUUGGAGUUAUCCUCACUUGAAAAAUAUCUUCAAGAGCAACAGAAAAAAUAUUUGUCAGGUGAACUAUCAAAUUAUGAACUAACAAGAAUCAGUCUUGAAAAAGAGUUUGAGAAUAUCUCACUUAUCGAAAUAUCUCCUGAAGAACGCAAAUUUUUAAGUGAAAUCAGCUCUGAAUUCAUGACUGCUUAUUCAAAAUACAUUGACGCUUGGAACUCUAUUAAAACCAGCCUUAAGAUUUUUGCUGAACAGUUAAAUUUCGAGUCCAAGUUCAUGUAUUCUACUUGCGGAGCGCCAAGCAAGACUGGUGUGAUGGUUUAUGACAUAAAGAACUCUAGGCUAAGUCAGGCUGAAAUAAAAGUUCCAGAGUCUUUUGAUAAAGCCUGUCUUGUCCAACUUCCAAACUGAGAGCUUUUUUCUUUUGGAUGUUGGGAGUUUUCAUCUGCAAAAGCUUAUAUAUUUGAUCUAAAAACGCUUAGUAUCAAAAGAAGGCUGCCAAAUGGGCCUAACGCCUCAUGGUGUGUUGGAGUUUACUAUCAAAAUUGCAUUUUCAUUUUUGGUGGGAUGUUUGAACUCCAAAUACUGGAUAUUGCUUAUAAAUUUGACUUAGCAACUAAUCACUGGAUUAGACUGACUCCAAUUCCAGUCCCGUCUUUUGGUUGCUCCUGUCUUGUUUUCCAAGAAAAUAUCUUGAUCUGCGGAUUUUUUUUCAAAAAACUAUAUAAGUUUGAUAGGAAAAUUGAAAGUUACUCAGAACUUCCUUUCGUCAGCGUUACCGAAUGCAGACUUAAACUGCUGGCUACUUUUAAUUUAAGAGUUUAUCUAAUCGAGAUAGAUGGGAAAGUCAUGGAAAGUGAAAUCGGAAACGAGUACAACUGGAAUAAAAUUGGAGACAUUAAGCUAGGUGAGGAAUAUGGCUUUAUUCACGCAAAGCAGUGCGAUAGCUGCCUUUACGGAGUCUUAUUUGGCAUCGAUACAGUUUCUUGCUUUAAAUUUGAUUUGAAGAAAAAGAAAAUGGAAGAAGGAAGGGUUGAAGUUGACUCACUAGAUGCUUGUAUAUAG